CAUCUGCACACGCACGAGUAUCAUUUUCACAAGCAAACUGAUCAAUUCUUGAAGAUGAAGAAGGAGGAUACCGUGAAGCUAAUUAGCGCUGAAGGUUUCGAAUUCAUAAUUGAUAAGAAAGCUGCUAUGGUUUCACAGACCAUUCGUAACAUGCUCACUUCUCCAGGGAGUUUUGCUGAGACUGAGCAUGGGGAAGUGACUUUUCCAGAGAUUAGCACUACCAUUCUUGAGAAGAUCUGCCAGUACUUUUACUGGUCCCUUCAAUAUGCAAGUGGCAAAGAAACAGAAUUUCAUAUUGAGCCUGAGAUCACUUUGGAAUUGAUGAUGGCUGCCAACUAUUUGCACACCUGAGGAACAAUAUUACUUUGGGGCCCUAAGGUCUAGAAGUUCGAAAAAAUGCUGUUUCUAGCAUCGAAUUGCCAUUGGAGCUUGUAGAAUGUGGAUAUUUUUUAGUUGUUUCUGAAGUUGGCACUGUAACUUUUGGUACAUAAGUUGUCUUUAUCUGCUGGAGAAUGUAAUAGUAUUUUAGACAUUUUGGGGCCUCAGUUCUAUCUGUUCUAUGACUAACCCAUUUUAACAGCAGAAUUUAUCCCCAUGUGUAUGAAUGUUCAUGUAUCAUGUGGUACUUGAAUCUUUACGGUACUCUAUACUCAAGACAAUACUUGAAAUGUUUCCUGA